CACCAAGUUCUUCAUUAUGUCUGAUGGAGACUAUGAUUACCUCAUCAAAUUUUUAGCUUUGGGAGAUUCUGGAGUUGGGAAGACCAGUGUACUCUACCAGUACACAGAUGGAAAAUUUAACUCCAAGUUUAUCACAACAGUGGGCAUUGAUUUCAGGGAAAAAAGAGUGGUGUACAGAGCCAACGGGCCGGACGGCGCUGUUGGCAGAGGUCAGCGAAUCCACCUGCAGUUAUGGGACACGGCAGGGCAGGAGAGGUUUCGUAGUUUGACCACAGCUUUCUUCAGAGAUGCAAUGGGAUUCCUUCUGCUCUUUGAUUUGACAAAUGAGCAAAGUUUCCUCAAUGUCAGAAACUGGAUAAGUCAGCUACAAAUGCAUGCAUAUUGUGAAAACCCUGAUAUAGUAUUAUGUGGAAAUAAGAGUGAUUUGGAAGACCAGAGGGUUGUAAAAGAAGAGGAAGCCAGAGAACUUGCAGAGAGAUAUGGAAUCCCCUACUUUGAAACGAGUGCUGCCAACGGGGCCAACAUAAGUCAGGCGAUCGAGGUGCUCCUGCACCUGAUCAUGAAGCGAAUGGAGCGGUGUGUGGACAAGUCCUGGAUUCCUGAAGGAGUGGUGCGGUCCAACGGCCACACGGGCACAGACCACUUAAGUGAAGAGAAGGAGAAGAGCAUGUGUGGCUGCUGA